CCGUGGCGGGGACACUGCGCGUGCCAGCGGGGCGUGGGGAGGGUGAGGAGCAGGGGCAGCCAGGCCCCAUCCACAGCCCUACGGGGAGCCGCCCCCCUCCCGCGGGCUGCGAGGCGUCCACCCCUGCGUCCUCGGCCCCUGCAGCCAAGCGGGUCCCCGGAAAAAGACACCGCCCAGCGCGGGAUAGCCGCCCCCCUCCCCGCCGCCCGGAGCGGGGCACAGACCAGGGAGACGCUCCCCGGCAGGGGCAGGCGGAUGCCAAGUACUUCCGUGGCGUGACAGGGCGUAGCCGUGCCGCCAAAGCGGACGCCGGUUUUGGCCAGGCUGGUCCUGGGGCUGGGCUUGUGCCUGCUGCCGUCCCGUCUGUGGGGCGCCUUGCCCCCGGGCUGUGAAUGGGUCACACGCGCUCCGCUGGGGCCCUGUCUCCGCUGGCGCGUUGCCUGUUUUCUGAACUGAGCCUGUAGACUGUGCUGGGUCAGGCCGCUGAGCCCGGGGGGAUGGUCAGGCCGUCACGUUUUUUAAAUGUUUUUUUUUUUUUGAAAACCUUUUCCAGACCAGGCCAUUUCCCGGCACAACCAAGUCACCUGGAAACCAUUUUUGAGCAGUUCUGGAAAACGGUUUCAGAACAAUAGGCAAAUUGCCACUGUAGAAUAGAUGGGGCUAGAGAGAUGAGGAGGGAGAGAAAGUGAGGGAAGAAAAUAUCUCUAGUUUAUAAAUUAAAUAUAUUAGAAGGGACCACUGUAAUCCUCUAGUCUGACCUUAAUGAGGUUUUUCCCUGCCUGAAGGAUCUUUCCUGCAGAAGAAGAGCUUUGGUCCCCAUUACUACUGUUUUGACUCCUGGGUCUGUACUGACUGGCAAUCUUUAAAGCAAAGUUCCAGUGUCAGCAUGUCCGGGUGCCAUGGAGUCGCCCAGUUGCUCACCUGGGUGGUGCUGAUCUGUCAGGCUGGAUGCUGCCUCCUGGAUUCCAUAGGUGCAGCAGGGAGUUUCAGGGGAAUUCCUGUCAGCAAUAAAUCAAACCUUGACCAAGGUUAUUGUGAAAGAAAAAGAAAAACAAAUAGUCUUAGUAUGUGGAGCCUUUCUUCAGAAAGCCUCAUAGAUACACUGCCUGUUGAUACUAUUCCAGAAAACUCAAUUCGUAAAGUACGAGACUGCAUUUUUUCUGUAGCCUACCCUACUCCUUUUAUAUCCAGAGUUCUUCUUGUAGCAGUUUCAAAGGAUGUUCUGGAAGGCAUUUUGGACCUUGAUGUAUCUGUCAAACAAACAGAUGAUUUUCUCCAGCUUGUCAGUGGUGGGAAAGUGGUUUUAGGGUCUGUUCCUCUGGCCCAUAGGUAUGGAGGCCAUCAGUUUGGUAGUUGGGCAGGUCAGCUGGGUGAUGGAAGAGCCCACUUGAUUGGUGUGUAUACAAACAGGUAUGGUGAAAGAUGGGAAUUACAGCUGAAAGGUUCAGGAAAGACUCCAUAUUCAAGAAAUGGUGAUGGAAGAGCUGUGCUUCGCUCCUCUGUGCGAGAAUUUUUGUGCAGUGAGGCCAUGCACUACCUUGGAAUUCCUACAAGCAGAGCAGCUAGCUUAGUUGUAAGUAAUGAUGAUGUGUGGAGAGACCAGUUUUACAAUGGAAGUGUUAAGAAAGAAAGAGGUGCAGUAGUCCUACGUGUUGCCAAAUCAUGGUUUCGUAUAGGUUCCUUGGAAAUUUUAGCUCAUUCUGGGGAACUGGACUUGCAAAGGACACUGCUAGACUUUGUCAUACAAGAACAUUUUCCAUCUGUAAACAUGAACGAUUCAAAUAGAUAUUUGGACUUUUUCUCUAAAGUGGUAUUGGAGACUGCAAAUCUGAUUGCAUUGUGGAUGUCAGUGGGCUUUGCUCAUGGUGUGUGCAAUACAGAUAACUUCAGUUUGUUAUCCAUAACAAUAGAUUAUGGUCCAUUUGGUUUUAUGGAGUCCUAUGAUCCAAACACCGAACAGCAGAGCUGGCCCUGUUCUGGACAAGAAGUGCAUGCUGCAUCCUUUCUGAGGUUGAUGCUGUGGCUAUGUUUACCCUUUGCUCCUGGAAGCAUUAUGCCUUUCAUGAAGGAUUUUGUUCCAAACACAUCUGAUGAUGAAAGGAGGUAUAAAAUAGGAAACCAAGCAAAUGUUGGGAUGUUUAAUCUGAACAAGCUGUUACAAGCUCUAAAACCUGUAUUGGAUCGCAGACAAAAGCAUCUUGCUUUCCAGAUUCUGGAGGGAUACUCUGAGCAUUAUUAUAGCCGUUUUACAGAACUAUUCAGAGCAAAAUUGGGUCUCCUUGGGGAGAGUGAGGAUGAUAACUAUUUGAUUGCUUUUCUCCUAAAACUCAUGGAAGAUACAAAGGCUGAUUUUACAAUGGCAUUUCGGCAGCUUAGUGAGAUUACUCAAGACCAGCUAAAAGAGCUCCGUGUUCCUCAGCCUUUACAGACAAAGUUUACGUUCUACACCCUGUUGCAUCUGCAAACUUUAUGUUUCUUCUUCGAGCAGUGUCCACUUCAGGUGAGCUCACACCCUUGCACCUUUAAUCAGAUUUUUGGUAGUAGUGCCCAUUUGGUCCGUGUAUGUGACCUACGCUUCCUUGGGCCCCGAUUAAAGGCUAUAUAGGGCUGCCUGGUGAACCAGCCCAGUUCCUUCUCAACCUCGUGGGCCUAACACAGAGCAUUAGUGGUCUAACUUUUGAAGUUUCUGAGCCUGGUUACCCUUCUUUAGUUUAUUGUUUUUUCUUUAGUUAUUUUAUUUACUUUUUAUUUAGGGGGAUUUUCUCUUGAUCCCUUUUCCCCUUUGGGGAGGGGAAACUUCCCAAGUUAAAUUGCUUUGCCCGGGGGUAUGUCAGACUUUCCAGGCUUCAAGCAGUUUAUCUCUUACUGGGAGGCCAUUCCAUUCAGUGACUGGCAUUCCCGUUGUCUCUGUUGCUUUGGAGUGUCUCAUAUCCCACGUAAGUGCUCCAUCUGCUCAACUUUUAAGGGCAGGGCAAAAAAACACUGAGAGAUAAAAUUGAGAUUCUUAAGGAUGGAGCGUUCCCUCCAGCUGGCCUCAGCUCCAGGUCAGGAGACCCCCCUCGAUGUCAGUCACUUAAUUAACAGAGUGCUCCGUCAACUUUGACAUGUUCACCUGCAUUUACCUAAGGUAGAUCCACAGACAAGACCCACAAAAACCAAAGUCUUUCUCCACAGGAAGAGUCCACUUCAAAAAGACCUCAGUCCCUGCAGAGCAAGACUGCUGUGGAGACCUGGUGUCCCACCUUGGGUAUGACUGAGGCUCCAGAUGCUCUCGGAAUCGAUCCUGUGCCUCAGGUGCCGGGCUCAGCAGAAGAAAAGCAUGCUUCAUCGAAGCAUUCCACGCCUCAGAGAACAGUACCCGCAACUUCUUUGGUAAAGUCUACAUCUAAGUUGGCCACUAAGAUGGCGUCAGUACCGGAAAGACACCAUGCCUCUUAUCCACUCUCAGCAGUCCCCAAGGCAUCUUCAUCAGUACCAUCUAUUUCAAUCAGAGUGGACUUGCCAGAACAGCAUAUACCCUCAGUACCAAUAAUGGAAUGAUGCCCCACUCUUCAAACCAACCCGAUAUCAUAGGGGUUCAGAUUCUCAAGGGAUCUAUUUGUUUCAGAGAAGCUGGAGUCUCUCUUCUUGGUCGGUACCAGGAGGUUAUCAGUACCAAGAAAAGCACAGUCACUGAGAUGGGACCUUUCCACAGUACUGCUUGACUUGCCAACAUCUUCAGAGAGUACUGGUGGUCCCCUUCUUGAAGAGGAGGAAUUUUCCCCCAAUUUGAAUAUUUUGAUCCAGGGAUUUCCAUCCUGACACUUCUAACAAGAGCGGGGAGUUGCAUCAAAGACCAGCCCGUGUAUCCCAGACCUUGUUCAAGCACAAGUGGUUGCCACCCCUGUCAAGGCUGAUUCCGCGCUCUGGCACUUCGAGUGCAGAAGGCGGGGGCUCGCAAGGACUCUAAAAAUUAAUACUUGCCACUCCAGGCUUGUAUUAAACUCCCAAGGUUACAGCUUUUCUCUGACCUUGGAUUGGUAGAUGCUGCCACCACCCAAGUGCAGAACCGCUUUGAGAGACCAGGAAGGCUCACUUGGGAAUUCCUUCCUGUGGGAUACCCUCAAGCCCUUUCACACGCUCCUCCGGGGAAGAGCUGAGUGGGGUGGGGGGGGGAAGGAAAUUAGCUGUUGCCACUAGCUAAUUAAAUAAUAUGAACAAACCUCUUAAGACACACAAAUCCAGUUCUGUUUUUAAAAAAGGUAAAUUGUAUUUUAAAAAAAAAGGAAGGAAAAUACAUCUGGGAACUCAGCUGUUGCUAGAUUUUAAAAGAGCAAUUACAAGGAUUAAGCACCAAGAAUAGUUUUCUUGAGGUCCAGCUUAAACGUUACAAGCAAAACAAAAGCACUGGGGUUAGCACAGAGGAAUCCACAAGCCAUAAAGAAACAAAGGCAUAAACCUAAUCUUGUCUUCCUAGACAUUUUCUGAUCUACUUACAUAUCUGGGGUUUCAGAUGAGUAGUUUCUAGGUAUGAUACUGAUGACUUGUCAUACCUGGUCCCAAGAUUUUUACAGCAUCGCUGCUCCGUCCCCCUCUUCCCGGAAGAACAACCACUGACAGACAGAGGGGAAAUUUUUUUCUCAAGUUUAAAAAGUUCUAGCCUUCCCAUUGGCUCUUUUGGUCAGGUGCCCACUCACUUUCUUUUACCUAUGUAUAGCAGUGAGACUUUUUAACCCUUUACAGGUAAAGCAAGGAGAGAACAGCUACUAAGAGGGAUUUUAUAGCAAGCUGGCUGGCUGGGUGUCCAUAAAAGGGAGCUAUUCCCCCUCCCCUUCAUUUAUCACAGCCCCCUUUUGGUCCUUCUCAGUGGCCUACUGGGAUCCAUCAGCAGUUUCACCAUGCCCCUAGUCUCUCUUUCAGAAAAUACAGGGGAGAAGUUCCUGUACUCCAGCUUCUCCUCCUCUCUUACCUCACGCACCUUGGAGGGGCAGGAGGUCAGGGCAGAUAAAGAGGUCACUCCCCAAACAAACAUUUCUUCAUGUUCCCCAGAUGAAGCUGUUAUAUCUCCCUCACUGACUGUGGCUGACGACUUUGGACACUUCUAAGAGUUAAUGAAGUGCAUUGCAAAUUCCCUCCAGAUCAGGAAGUCACAACAUAAGCUCCUGGACAUCCUCCAAUGGACUCCCUCUAUCCGAGUUGCCCUGUUUAUUAAUGAGGCUCAGUCAGUUGUGUAGCUAGGUGGAGUGAACCGGGGCAGCGGGCAUAAAAAAAGGUGCCACCCACUUGUACUCACUGGGCGGUGCUCUGGGUCCUCGGCGGCACUGAAGGCCCCCGCCGCCGAAAUGCCACCAAGGAGCCGGAGCACGUGCAGGCCCCCACCGCCAAUGAGCUGGAGCACCGCUGGGUGAGUAAAAAUUUAAAAAGGCACCACUUGUGCUCAGAGGGGGAGCGGCCGCUACGCUACUGGGCUCAGUUGGAUCCUGCCAAAUCCGACUGGGAGUUCCCUGCGAUGAUUCUGCUGAAGUGCAAAUGAACCGAUAAGAAAAUGUUACAUCCCAGCUAAGGACUCUGAAUUUCUGUUCACCAGUCCAACACCAAAGUUCUUGGUUGUGCAGGCACUAAAUGAACACGGCAGAUAAUGUUAUGCGAAGGCCGUGCCAUGUCAUAAGUACCAAAAAUGCUUUGAUCUAUUCAGAAGAAAGAGCUAUUCAUCCAUGACUCUUCAGUUUAGGAUCGCGAACUAUCAAGCUCUCAUGGCUAAAUAAAAUCACUCAAAUUAUGCCAAAUUCACCACCUUUAUUGAGCAUCUGGUGGAUGAUCAACAUGACCAGUUUCAGGCGAUUGUUAAUGAGGGUCAUCUGUUAACUAGAACAUCACUACAGGCCUCUUUGGAUGCAGCCGACGCUGCCGCUCAGUCCAUCUCUGUGGCAGUAGUCAUGCAGAGGGCUUCCUGACUCUAGCUGUCUCGAUUCCCAAGGGAGGUCCAAAUCAUGGUUGAAGACCUUCUCUUUGAUGGCCUCAAACUGUUUGCUGAGUCCACUGAUGAUUCUCUGUGUACUCUUAAGAAUUCCAGAACCACGUUAAAAUCCUUUGGAAUUUACAUGCCUACAAACAAGUGACAAUUCUGUAGAUCCCAAACUGCACAAAGAUCCCUUCCCACUUCAUUCUUAGGUUUUCAGAGACCGUAUCAACCUCCUAGGAAAAAGUCAAGGUUCCAAAGGAAGAGAUCACCUGCUCCUUCUGUGCCUGCUACUGAAUCAUCAUUAUCAUCUAAGCAUUAGUUUUGAUGGACUGGUCAAACUAUCUCUCAAUACCAAGCUACAUAUACACCAUUUUACCCAUCUUCCACUCUUUGGAAACUGUUUCUCCCAUUUUCUUUUUGCAAUGGAGAGAAUCACAUCAGACAAAUGGAUGCUAGAGGUAAUAAGAUCAGGAUACUCUAUCCAUUUUACCUCCCUUCCCCAUCCCUCUUCACGGACCCCUCUCCUGAGCACCUCUUAAAGCAAGAAGUUUUAACCCACUUCUGCAAAUGGGUGCAAUAGAACCAGUUCCUGUUCUGCACAGAGGGAAGGGGUUUUAUUCCAGCUGCUUUCUGGUCCUGAAAAAAAAAAAGGACAGUGGAGACCAAUUUUAGAUCUAAGACUCCUAAAUAACUUUGUCAAGUCUCAAAAAUUCAGGAUGGUGUGACUUACAUUUAUAAUUCAGUGAUUACUACUGGGGGAUUGGUUUUUAGCCCUCAACCUUCAGGAUGACUAUUUUCAUAUCACAAUUCACCCAUUUCACAAAUGAUUCCUGUGCUUUUCAGUAGACCAGGGCCACUUUCAAUAUCGAGUGCUCCCAUUUGGCCUUUUGUCUGACACAAGAGUAUUCUCAAAGGUGCCGGCAGCGGUCGCAGCUUAUCUUCGACAUCCGGGGAUAACCAUUUUUCUAUGUCUCGACGACUGGCUACUCAAAGGCUGGUUUUACAAUGAGGUUUUUGACACCAUAAAGAGGAUGAGCUCUCUGUUCCAUGAGCUAGGGUUGCAGCUCAACAUUGAGAAAUUCAAGUUGAACCCAGUACAAAGAACAGAGUUCAUAAGAGCCUCCUUGGACACUAUAUCAGCUAGGACUUAUCUUCUCCUUAAUGGAUUCUUGAUGUUAGUGAAUCUUGUCUCAAAGAUUCAAAUCAGCCCAUAGAUAUCAAAAAGAAGUUGUCUUCAAUUGCUCAGACACAUGGCAGCCUGCACUUCUGUGAUGCGAUGUGCCAGGCUCCACCUUUGAUAUUUCCAGGGCUGGCUCAGGACUGUUUAUACUCCAAACAAACACAGCUUGAACAAGUUAGUGUCGGUCUCUCAUCAGGUAAGAGAGUCUCUCAGUUGGUGGAGGGACAUCAACAAAGUCAUCACGGGGACUCCGUUUGUUCAGCCUCCUCCCCCAUCACUAAAAUGACAGAUGCAGCCCUGAGGGGUUGGGGGAUGCCUUUGGGGACCUUCACAGACCAUGGCAAAUGGUCUUCCCAGGAGAUACGACUACACAUCAACCUCAUCGAACAGAGGGCAGUCAGGAAUGCGUGUAUCCACUUCCUCCCUUUAAUCUCCCUUUUGGAGAUGCCUUCCUCAUUUCAUGAACAAAAGGCUUUUGUCAAGGUUCCUUCCCCACUCUGAACUCUAGGGUACAGAUGUGGGGACCUGCAUGAAAAAACCCCUAAGCUUAUUUUUACCAGCUUAGGUUAAAACUUCCCCAAGGUACAAACUAUUUUACCUUUUGCCCCUGGACUUUAUUGCUGCUGCCACCACCAAGCGUCUAACAAAAAUAUAACAGGGAAAGAGCCCGCUUGGAAACGUCUUUCCUCCCAAACCCUACACCCCCUUUCCUGGGAAAGGCUCCUCACCAAUUUGCAGAGGUGAACACAGACCCAAACCCUUGGAUCUUAAGAACAAUGAAAAAGCAAUCAGGUUCUUAAAAGAAGAAUUUUAAUUGAAGAAAAAAAGUAAAAGAAUCACCUCUGUAAAAUCAGGAUGGUAAAUACCUUACAGGGUAAUCAGAUUCAAAAAAUUGAGAAUCCCUCUAGGCAAAACCUUA